CUCUUAUUUACCAGAGCCUCCUGCCUUUUCUGUGUAAACAAACAGAAACCUGUAACGACAAUGGCUCUGUCAACUCUCUCCUGUUCCUCCUCCAAGUCUCUCCAUGUCACCACCCAUUCCAUUUCUCGCCACCAACGGCAAGAACCGCUGUUCUCACUUUUUCCCGCUAAUUCUACUAACAGGUCUAGAUCUCUUCCUUCAAUUACCGCCAUCCGUGCGGCCGAGCCUGGAAAGAAUUCUGUCGCAGUUAAGGAAUCUUCAGCUGUGGCUCCGGCGUCCACCGGGAAGUGGACUGUUGACAGCUGGAAAACGAAGAAAGCUUUGCAGUUACCGGAAUAUCCGGAUGCAAAUGAAUUAGAGUCAGUGUUGAAGACUAUUGAGGCGUUUCCGCCAAUUGUUUUUGCCGGAGAAGCUAGAAGUUUAGAGGAGAGGCUUGCUGAGGCUGCUAUGGGGAAUGCGUUUUUAUUGCAAGGUGGAGAUUGUGCAGAGAGUUUCAAGGAGUUUAGUGCUAAUAAUAUAAGGGAUACAUUCAGAAUUCUGCUUCAGAUGGGUGUUGUGCUUAUGUUUGGUGGCCAAAUGCCUAUCAUUAAGGUUGGAAGAAUGGCAGGGCAAUUUGCAAAGCCUAGAUCAGAGGCAUUUGAGGAAAAAGACGGAGUAAAAUUGCCAAGUUACAAAGGGGACAAUGUUAAUGGAGAUGCUUUUAAUGAGAAAUCAAGAAUUCCAGACCCGCAGAGGCUUAUAAGAGCUUACUGCCAAUCUGCUGCAACUCUUAACCUUCUUAGAGCCUUUGCCACUGGAGGAUAUGCUGCCAUGCAAAGAGUUACCCAGUGGAAUCUUGAUUUUGCAGAGCACAGUGAGCAAGGAGAUAGGUACCAAGAACUGGCACACCGAGUUGAUGAGGCCUUGGGAUUUAUGGCUGCUGCAGGACUAACAGUUGAACACCCUAUCAUGACAACAACUGAAUUCUGGACAUCCCAUGAAUGCUUGCUUUUGCCCUAUGAACAAUCUCUUACAAGGCUAGAUUCUACUUCUGGCUUGUACUAUGAUUGCUCUGCUCACAUGCUUUGGUGUGGAGAGCGUACACGUCAGCUGGAUGGUGCCCAUGUGGAGUUCCUUAGAGGAAUUUCAAACCCUCUUGGAAUCAAGGUGAGCAACAAAAUGGAUCCAAAUGAGCUGGUUAAACUCAUUGAAAUUUUGAAUCCUAACAACAAGCCCGGUAGGAUAACAAUCAUAUGCAGAAUGGGUGCUGAGAACAUGAGAGUCAAGCUUCCUCACUUGAUCAGAGCAGUACGCAGGGCAGGACUAAUCGUGACAUGGGUCUGUGAUCCAAUGCACGGGAACACCAUUAAGGCACCAUGUGGACUAAAAACACGCCCCUUUGAUGCAAUUUUGGCUGAGGUUAGAGCAUUCUUUGAUGUCCAUGAGCAAGAAGGAAGCCACCCUGGAGGAAUUCACCUAGAAAUGACUGGCCAAAAUGUGACUGAGUGCAUUGGUGGGUCUAGGACAGUAACCUUUGACGACUUAAGUUCACGCUAUCACACACAUUGUGAUCCCAGGCUCAAUGCUUCUCAAUCUCUUGAGCUAGCAUUUAUCAUUGCAGAGCGACUUAGAAAAAGGAGGAUUGGAACCCAACGCUUGCUUGCCUUAAGCCAGUAGACAAAUCCAAAGGUCACUUAUUUUUUAUUACUAUUCAGAGAAGUCUCAAUGUGUUUGGUAGGGAAUAAGUUUGCCAUGCAUAGUACAAAAGUUCUUGUGUUUUAGCCAUCGAGUAUUGCCAUUUCAGCACAUCAAUUCUUUCCAAUAACUGAAAACUUUGGGAUCCCCCGUCGAACAAUUUCUUGUAUCAUUUCGAUCAACUGAUUUAUGUUGUUGGAUUUUUUGCUAAACAUGGUUGAUGCAGCACUCUCUUGAAUGAAGCUACUAAAACAAGGUGCUGGAGAUGAACUUUUAGAAUCUUAUUAGUCUUAAUUUCGAUUGAAGUUUAUGUAUUUAUGUAUUUGGAUUGAAGUACUGUUUCAUUCUCAAGGGAAGAAAUAAACCAAGUCUAUGUUUCAUAAUGAAUUAUAACAUGUAUAAUGUUAGAACUGC